AUGCGAGUCAUGAUGCUAGCAGACAAGUACCAAGUGCCCUUGCUAAACAACAUCUGUAGAGACAAGGCCAAAGACCACAUUCGGAUUCUGGAUGCCUGCUUGACUUUCAAAGUCGCGCACCGCCUUCAAAUUGCCGAGUUUCGGGGAAUUGCUCCGGCCCAGAUUCUGGCCUUUCCGGAAACAGCAUUGCAAAGUCAUGAGAUGUUGGAACCGCAGCUAAUGCUAGAAGUCCUCAGCUCUCCCUUCCUGUGCAGCAGCGCCACGCGAAUGUGGCCCUUACUGCACCCCUGGGCAUCCGCCACAGGCGUUGACUUGGAGGCAUUCAUGCGUCGCCUGAAAGAACAUGUUCAGAGUACAGAUGCCGAGCUCCGAAAUGGCUUGCCGGCAAAAGGAGAAUAUUCCAAUAAUGUCCUGCAGAGACUCUGGCACCGGUAUGAGGCCCUUCGGAAUUCUGAGGGAGCAGGCCCUUUCCUCGGAUAUUGGGUGAACUUGCAGCCAAGUUCGCCGAGUCUGUUCCAAGAGUACCAAACGGACAUUGAUAUGCUCAACAAGCUGGCCAGCAACAGAAAAGGCCUGCGACUCAAGGCCGGACAGGCAUUGACCUGGAUGUUGCCUCAUGCCGCAGUACAUGUCGUGGGACUGGAACUCCACAAUGAUUGGGGUGCCAGAUUCCAGAUCUCUUGUUCGUGUGACGGCUUGCAGUGGCACGUUCUUCUCGGUUCGGACCCUGAGGAAAGGUUUCAGAACGAGUCGCUCGAGGAGGACUAUGUUCUGUGCUACUCUCCUUCGCCAGCGAGAUAUUUCAAACUCGACAUCAUGGAUGGUGGGUUCGCGGGCUUGGUUCGCAUUGGAGGCAUUUUGCUGUCCAGCUAG